GCCAUGAACAUUGCAAUGGUCAGCAAGACUAACGAGGCAGUGUCGUUCUUCCUGCACGUUUUCUAUUGCACCUUCUUCCCCAUACUAAUUAUGACAACCUUUGUGAGCCUCUACUAUGGUGGAAUGAUUUUGGUUAUUGAGAAAUUCAAACAUCUCAAUCGACGCCUCGUAUUGGUUAUUGAUCAACUCGAUGAUGUUGUGGAUAUCUACGAUGAUAAGAGGCGCUCGUAUAAAAUAACAAAGUCCUGCGAAUUGUCCGAUUCACUGGAUGCCUUGUCCAUUGAACACGAUGAAAUCUGUCGCUUUGCUGUGAAGUUCAAUGAAUUGGGGUCAGUGCAGAUUCUGGCAUUUAUUCUCAAUGCAUUCCUCAGUAUCGUGUCUCAAGCAUUCUUCUCCUACGUCAACAUUGUCAUGUCCAUGCGGAGGAAUGAGUCCUUCCAUGUGAAUCUCAUUGGCGGAAUGGCGUAUGCCAUUGUCAAUGCAAUCCUCCUCUUUGUUAUUGUCAACGCCACAUCUGAGGCAAUCAAUAGAGCUAAAGCCACGGGUGUUCUUCUGCAUAAAGUCGUUGCUGGAUGUCUGGAUAUUCGCCUCGAGCGUAGCAUUGAGAUUUUCUCCAUUCAACUGUUAAAUCAGAGCCUCGACAUAACAGCGUGCAAAAUGUUUACACUCAAUUUUGGCUUAAUUUACUCUGUUGUGGGUGCAGCUACGAGCUAUUUGAUCAUCCUCGUCCAAUUCGAAAUGAUGCGACCAUCGAGAAAUUAGUGCAUCAUGUAAAACUGCACACUA